AAAAAGUUUCUACCACAACCGCGACGACGCGAGUACAAAGCACGGCGGAUGAGGAACUUUUGUUGUUGAUGGACGGACAUGCGAAUUGGUUUAAUCAUCACCCACUUGUUUUGUGUUGCUGAGGUGACAGUGUCACAUUUUUGUAAAUUAGCUCUGAGAUAUUUUUAAAAUAUAGCAUUAGUUUCUGCAUUCUUUACUAGAUGAAGUGCGAAUUGUGCAAAGCAGAAGUAGGUAAUGAAUUAGAACUUCAGCAGCAUUAUUUAGAUGAAUGUCCUGGCAUGACCUCAAAUCCAGGCCGCCUAACCAGAGAGCAUGGACUGGAAGAGCUGGACAUGGCCCUGCAGACUGGUUCAAGAGGUGCCUCAGAAACUAUGGUAGAUUCAGGGGAUUUUACUCAGUACAGUAGUGGUCGCAGCCUUGCAAUUGGGGGAGAAUACAAGGAGAAAGAAUCUGAUGGAAUGGCAAAUAUUGUUUUCCGUUGGUAUAAGACCAUCCCAGUGAGCAGCGAUGAAAUACACCUGCUAACGUCAUAUGGAAAGGGUGACCCGGUGGUUCUUAGCUGGGAUUCAAGAGAAGUGCACUUCGCAUCGAAACGCGUCCCGGUGCCAGUAGGCAGUCAUUCAUGUCAACUAGUGAUUGGUGAUGAUGUUCACGAGCUGUCAAAGUUCAGUGUGAAGACAGUCACCCAGGAUAUCACCCUCAUUAUCAAAUCAAAAGCUGACUCCAUAAAAAGAUUAACAAGUAUGAUGAACCCAGAGACAGCAUCCGGUGAGACUGCCGACCUUUCUCUAGAGAGUGAUGAACCUUUAAGCCAUCAUUCAAAUGGUGGGUCAGUGAGGUCAAAGGUUGGAAAAGAUCUUCGGGAUGAUUACAAGUACAUGAGGAAUGGCGAUAGGAAUGGUGAUUUCGAAUUAGCCACAUCAAAUCACAUCACAUCGAUGAAUGGUGAAUUAUCUAACCUUCAACGAGACCUGGAUGUUGGCUCAGAACAUGGAUCCCACGUUAGUCAUCGGAGCAACGACUCCCGUGGAAGCAAGCACAGUCUGCAUAGUAGAAGUGGUGCUCUCAAUUCUGUCGGUUUGCCUAGCAAUUAUCCAAGUUUAACUAGUGAUCAUGAACUCUCUGAGAUAUUUAGGACUGCCGGACGAGGAAAUUACAAGAACGACGGCAGUAGUCAAGGAACAAUUACUCCAGGUGCAUCUGACAUGGGGUCAAUAAACUCUAUUCCAUCGAGCACCCACAGUUCAAAUCAUCAGAAUUCACUGGAUUUAGACGUUGCCUUGAAGCCACGGGAAUAUCGUCGUUUUGGUGGGGGUGAUAGUCAAUCCGAGAUUGUUCGCAUGCGUCGAGAUGACCUGAAGCUUCAACAUUCACGUUCUCGACCAGUUAGUCUCCCCGAUCCCAGUAACUACAAGGACUUUCUAACUGAGGGUUUUAAUCGGGAAGAUAUGCAGAGGCAAGCGCCACAGCCGUUGUCAGUUAAGACACCAUUGAUGACAAGCCGUGCAUCAUCCAUGAGCAUUUCAAGUCGUAAUUCAUCACAUAACAGUAGUCGGGCUUCAUUAGUUUUGCCAAAUGGAGGAAUUGAGGCUGAGAGUGCAAAAGGUGAUGAGAAGAAAUUGAAAGAAAUGGAGGAGAUGGUAGAAUCUUUAAAAGCGUUGUUGAAGGAGAAGGAACGCAACAUUAAGGUACUUGAGGAUGAUUUGCAGGAUGUUCAGAAAACGAAUGAAACACUUUUGAGGGAAAGAGAGGAAGUGGUCAGGGCAUCUAAACAAAUGAAUGAAAAGCAAUUGGAUGACCAUUUACGGGACAAAGAAACCUUAACAACAGAGAUAGUGCUGCUGAAGCAGCAACUGUCAGACAAGGCCCAGACAGGACAAGAAAUGAGUUCACCGCAUUCGCUAGAAUUCAAUCCAGACCAUCCCAAGGUUCUUCAAAAGCGAAUUGCUGAUUUGGAGAGCCAACUGAGUGAUCUACAAGAAGCUAAUGAAUGCGCUGAGGCUCAGCUCCAGAAUGCUGACAAAGACCUUGAAAAAUACAAAGAAGAAAAUGCAAGCCUUAAAAUGGUGAAUGCCCUCGGGGUGGAAGAUCUCACUGCAGAAAAUGAUAAACUAAAACGUUUGGUUGCAGAACUGAAGGAGUACAAAAGACACCGUGGACAUAAUAGAGUGUUCGAGGAUGAAGUUAGUCGACUGCGUGCAGACACGCGUGUACUGCGCGAAACAAAUCAUAAGUUAGAAGAGGAGAAUAUCAAAUUACGGGAGGACUUUCUGGAUUUGCAACGCAAUCAUGAAAAUGUGAAGAUGCUUGUGAAGCAGGAAAGGAGGAGGAAAAAAUCACCCACCAAUUAUAAAUCAAAUCAAAACAAAGUUGAGGAGUAUGAACGGCAGAGGUUACUGGAUGACCUUAAGGUAGCCCAAGAGAAGGUCAACAAUGUCGUUAAUGAUCAGAGUAUCCAGCCUCGUAUUAAAGAUACUGAUUAUCUCUCGCCGAAUGUGAACAGCUCCCGGCACUAUUCUGCUGGAGAUGGGCGUGGCCUUGGGUCUCAACUAUUGCCAUCAAAAUUUUCAACUGCAGAAUUGACCGGAAAAUCACCUAAAUCACCUCAAUACGCCUGGCUUGAUGCAUUUGAUGAGAAGCAUUUAUCCCCGAGCUCAGACAUGAGUGAUUCGACGGCCAUCUUGACUGCAGGUUGGCAGGCACAUGCAGGUCUCGCUGACCACUACCUUACAGAACCAACAACUCAGGAAAUUAGCCGUUCAUCACGUAGCAGACAUAGAGAAUCAAGAAAAAGUCAUGACGCAGAUGACCUAAGCACGUCAGACUCCACGUCAGUGACAGGGAUGUUUGAGCAGAAGAGCAAUGGUACGUCCAAGUAUCAUCGCCGCAACCUUAGCAGCGACAGCUCUACUUCAUCAUUCCUUGGCGAUGCCCUCAACUACAAGUCAUUUACUGAUCCAAGAAUCAGGUCCCGAUCAUUUGAUAGAACAGCCAGGAGUAAACAGAGCAGAGGGGACAUGGUAACAGUUUCCCAUCAUACACUUCAGGACAAGAACAACUACAACGCUUCUGAUCUGACCGCCACCCACAAUGCUCGCCGCAACCGCCUUCGUAGCGUGUCGCCACCACGUAGCCAAUCUCCACCAGGAUUCCGUAGCGUAAGUCCACGUGCCGUUGCAACGCAGCACAAUAAGGGAACUAUCAGUGAUCAGAUUAGCAAAGGUUAUGUGUUGCCUCUAAGACCGUUUGCUCCACGAACUCCUCGAGACAUUGAGGUUGGCAUGAAAGUGAAAUUCUCGCGUCCGAAUGGCCGAGUCAGUCAAGGCAUGGUGAAGUACGUCGGUCAGUUACCUGGACGCCAUGACUCCUACUUAGGUGUUGAGCUGGACACAGAAGAGGGUCGCCAUGAUGGAACAUACAAUGGAGAAAGAUUUUUCAAAUGCCGAGCCAACAGAGGGGUGUUUGUGAGUUUCAAGAAGGUUAUACUUGUGUGGGCUUGAGUCAGAUACUUCUUGUUAUUCUUGUUGCCUCCUUGCCAAGUCAUCAGCCCUAGGAAUCACACCCACACACCCAGUGAAAUGAAAAUAUCCAGAUUUGUGGACUGUCACAACCCUUUAAGAUUACUGUCAUCGUUGUGACUUUACUCAAUAUACAAUAUUUGGUACCAAAAUAAAGAAUAGAUUUGUAAAUAAUAUGAUGACCAGCAAUUAUGUCAUGAAAUGUUUAAAGGCCACAAAAUAGUGUGAAUGUUUUUAAAAUCAUCAAAAUGAAAUUUUGAUGGUCCUCUGUUUGUCAAAUUGUUUGAUUGGGGGCGGGGAAGGGGAAUAUAUCAAAACUAUUAGUCAAAUAAAGGGUCAAAACAAUUUAAAACUUGGAAUUUAAUUAUGAUGUUUGUUGUUUUUACGGUAAUUGCCUUUUGAUAAUAAUUCAUAGUACAUUUUAUUAAUUGAAAUUUUUGAAAAUGAAUUUAAUUAAUUUUAUUUUUCUGAAAAAAUGAAUAUUUACUUGUAAAUAACUAUAAAAUAAUUAUGGAUGUUAUUAUUUGUAUAUU